CGGCCGUGCCGCCGGCCUCCAGCUAAUGCCCGCGAUGGAGCCGGCCAGCCUGCUGCGGUUCCUGCGGAAGCUCAAGGAGGUUUUCGAUGUGUGCGAUGAGGAUGCGGACGGGUUCAUCCGAGUGGAGCACUUUGUCGCCCUGGGGCUGCAGUUCGGCCAAGGGGAUGAGGUGGAAAAACUGGCAAAGUACUUGGACCCGAAUGAUUUGGGAAGAAUCAAUUUUAAGGAUUUCUGUCACGGAGUUUUUGCUAUCAAAGGCUGUGAAGAGUUACUAAAAGAUGUCCUGUCUCCUGAAAACUCUGAGCCCCAGCACUACCAGCCACAAUAUGUUGAUUACUAUUACCAGGGUGGUGAAAUCCAGGACUGUGCCUACUUGGACAGCGAAAGCACCUACAGCGAGCCGGAGCUGUUUCCUGAUGAGGACGCGAUGACUCUGGCACAGCAGGAGGUUCACCAUGAGUCUGACAUGGACAGUGCCAUUGAGAGCGCCCAGAGCUCCGAGGCCUCGGACGUCUGUCGGAGCGAGGACAAGGACGGGGUGCUCGGUGGCCUCUUCCUGCCUGGUGACAAGUCAAGUCCUCACAACCCUUCUGCAGCAUCUGACCUCUCCACUUAUUCCACCGCCUCCCUGAUCAGUAAUGAAGAACAGUUUGAAGACUAUGGGGAAGGAGAUGAUGUGGAUUUUACUCCCAGUAGCCCAUGUCCUGACGAUGAGACCAGAACCAACGCCUACUCUGACCUUGGCUCAUCUGUGUCUUCCAGUGCUGGCCAAACCCCCCGAAAAAUGAGACAUGUUUAUAACAGCGAGUUGCUGGAUGUUUACUGCUCACAGUGCUGCAAAAAGAUAAAUCUCCUCAACGAUUUGGAAGCCAGGCUGAAAAACUUGAAAGCAAACAGCCCUAACAGGAAAAUAUCAAGCACAGCUUUUGGAAGACAACUCUUCCACAACAGUAACUUCAGCAGCAGUAAUGGCAGCACAGAAGACUUGUUCAGAGACAGUAUAGACUCCUGUGAUAAUGAUAUCACUGAAAAGGUGACGUACCUAGAGAAGAAGGUGACAGAACUGGAGAAUGACAGCCUGACAAAUGGUGACCUGAAAAGCAAACUGAAACAAGAGAACACACAGCUGGUUCACAGAGUUCAUGAGCUAGAGGAAUUAUUGAAAGACCAAGAAACAUCGGCAGAACAGACUCUGGAAGAAGAGAUAAAGAGACAUAGAGAAGCUUACAGCAAGUAUGAAAAAGAGAAAGGCACCGAAAUUGAACUGCUAAAUACAAGGGUUCAGCAACUGGAAGAAGAAAAUGGUGAUCUGAAAAGCACUGUCACACGGCUGAAAUCCCAAACAGAGAGAUUGGAUGAGGAGAGGCAGCGCAUGUCAGAUAGGUUGGAGGACACAAGUCUGCGACUGAAGGAUGAGAUGGAUUUGUACAAGAGGAUGAUGGACAAGCUGCGGCAGAACAGGCUGGAAUUCAACAAGGAGAGGGAAGCCACACAGGAGCUCAUCGAAGACCUGCGGAAGGAACUGGAGCACCUGCAGCUGUACAAGCUGGAAUGUGAACGUCCUGGACGUGGGAGAAGCUCUUCCUCCAGCCUGAGUGAAUUCAAUGCCAAAACCAGAGAGGUGGAAAUGGAGCAUGAGAUAAAACGCUUGAAGCAGGAGAACCAGAAACUUCGUGACCAAAAUGAUGAUCUUAAUGGACAGAUUCUAAGCCUCAGUCUUUAUGAAGCUAAAAACCUCUUUGCAACGCAAACAAAAGCCCAGUCACUGGCUGCUGAAAUUGAUUCUGCAUCAAGAGAUGAGCUCAUGGAAGCCCUCAAAGAACAGGAAGAGAUAAAUUACAGAUUGCGACAGUAUAUGGACAAGAUAAUUUUGGCAAUCCUGGACCACAAUCCAUCUAUCUUGGAAAUAAAGAAUUGAAGAGAAUAUGAGAAGGAAAAGCAGCAACUGCCUGAUAUUUCUGCACAUGCCACUGGAUUUAAGCAGCACUCUGAUACUGUAAAUGAAUCUAUAAAUUAUAUAAUACACACUAGGUGUGAGUGUGGGUGUGAGGGUGUGUUUAUAUGAUGUUUGGUACACUGUUAUUUGUCAUUGAAUUGGCUUGGUUAGACUUUUUCCAUGCACUUUCAAUACCUGUGUUGAGAUGGAUACUGUAUAUUAAUGUAAUAACAAUAUAACUGGAUCAUGCUGUUUUAGAUACUGGACAAAAUGACUCUACCUCUAGUUGUAAAGGUAAAAAUAGACAAUGGAAACAUAUGGAUGUGGCCCUAACUUUAGGAGCAAGAAUUUUUUUCUUCGUUCUUCCAGGAAUUUGGGUACCACAAACCAAUUCACAUACCCAGGUUCAGUUCCUGACUGGUGCUGACUGUGUAAUUUGCUAUUUGAUUUAGUUUUAGUACUUAAGCCACACAUCAGAUUUAAAAAAAAAAAAAAAGCCCAAAAAAAACCAAAACCAAAAAACCACAACAAAAACACACAAAAUUCGGGAAAAGAUACAAAUGGGAAGAAAAGGAAGAUACUGCAGAAUUUUUGCUAUUUAUGAAAAAUCACCAUCCAUUUGUUUGCCACUGUCAGCACAAAGUGUUUUUCGUGUAAGAUCACUUUGAAGCCUGCUUUCGGAUGCUCUUAGCCUGCUCUCUAGUGUGUGUGCAUGUGUGUUUUUUAUGCCAGGGUCCCUGUAGCAUUGAGGCAAAGAGCUUUUCAAAUAUGUUCCCCUAUUUUCAGGGGUAUAUCAUGGGCCAUUAAGAUGAAUUUUGGGAUUCUGCCCCUUCCCCUCACCCUGAUUUUAAAGAUUUCACUGAAGGAACACAUUCCACUUCUUACCAAAAAAAAAAAAAAA